AUGUUCCCUGUAGCUCUGCUGCUGCUGCUGCUGGCAGCUGUUUCCUGUGUUCAGUCUCAGGUUGUUCUCACGCAGCCGGAAUCAGAGAUGGGAUCUCCAGGAGGUUCCUUCACAUUAAAAUGUGCCUGCAGUGGAUUUAGUGUUGGGGGCACUUCCAUGUACUGGAUCAGACAGGCUCCUGGAAAAGGACUUGAGUGGAUCAUCUACUACUACUCUGAUUCAAGCAAGAGGACAGCACAGUCUGUUCAGGGUAGAUUCCGGGCAUCUAAAGACAGCUCUAAUCUGUACCUGCACAUGACGCAGCUGAAAACUGAGGACACUGCAGUUUAUUACUGUGCGAGAGACACAGGAACGAACAGGUUCGACUUUGCCUACAGGAACAACCGUUCCACAGACGAUGCCAUUGCCUUCACUCUCCGCACCGUUCUUUCCCACUUGGAGAAAAAGAACACUUACGGCUGCGUUCUGAGCCCUCUCCUGUACUCCCUCUACACUCCCGGCUGUGUAGCUACGCACAGCCCCAAUGCCAUCGUGAAGUUUGCCGAUGACACGAUAGUUGUAGGCCUGAGCACUGACAGUGAUGAGGGGGCCUACAGGGAGGAGGUGCACACUCUGACACAUUGGUGUCAGGAGACCCACCUCUUACUCUUACUCAGCACCACCAAGGCCAUCAGCUGUUCACUGUCAGUUCCUGUCCUCCUCUGGAGCAGUGGUGAAGAGACCUAG